AUGUCCUCAGAUACCAUGCUUCAAAAAGUACUGCCGAUGUUGACAUCUUUUUUAGUUGUUGCCUGGAUAAUUUUUAUAAUUUCUCAAAAUUCCACAAAGAUAGGAACAUUUCUCUCUACUUUAAUUUGAAGCCUAUAUUUAACUAAAACUAUUGAGAAAUCUUCAUGACCUAAAACAGCAGUGACACUGGUUAAGUCACCAACAGGAACUGAGCUGAGUGUCAUGGAAAUCCUUCAACUAUACAAGCAGUUCCCACUUAGACCAUUCACCUACAUGAACACCACCAGCAGCUCCAAACAAACACAGAGAGCCACCUUCAACCCUCGAGACAUGUACUGCAGUGGGGACCAGCUGCAUGUCUUGCUGGAGGCACGGGACUACCUUGAACACAGGAGGGAAUUGGGGGACUUUCUGAGGGCCAGGAUGUCCUCCCCAGCCCGGAAUGCAGGAGCUUCAGGAAAGGUAACAGACUUCAACAACAAUCAACUUGUCAGCUUCACUCUGUUCUGGGAGGGCCAGGUCUCACUGUCUGUCCUACUCAUCCACCCCAGUGAAGGGGUGUCUGCUUUCUGGAGGGCAAGGAACCAAGGCUAUGACAGGGUGAUCUUCACAGGCCAGUUUUCCAGUGGUGCCUCCCAGGUCUACAGUGAUUGUGGCCUGGCUUUAAAUUCAACUGCUGACCUGGGCCAGUAUCUUGAUGGUCAAGAUCAAGAAGCUUUCUACUGCGUGAGACCUCCACAUGUUCCCUGUGCUGCGCUCACCCACAUGCAGUCCAAGAACAAGAAAGUUUCUCAUCUUACAAAUCAAGAAGACAGUAUCUUCCACUUGCACUCGACCUUGUGGGGUCUUCAUCCUCAUCAGCCAUCUCAGCAGCCUGCCACCCACAGAGCCAAGUUGGCUCUCUUCCCAUACUUGUGUUGGUUUGAGAAAUGCAAGCCUGGAAUCCCAUCCACAAUCCCCAGUGCCCAUGCGUGGAAAAACACAUGGAAUUCCAUCUUCCGCAGUUUGGCUUCAGUGGAAAUGAAAGCCUGCCUCGCAGGAAAACUUAUAUAUCUGCUGGGAGAUUCCACAAACCACCAGUGGAUGGAAUACUUCACAGCCAGUAUCAAAAGUAUCACUAAGUCAGUUAAUCUGCAUGAAUCUGGAAAAUUAUAACACCAGCUUGUUAUGGACUUGGACAGGCAUAUCAACAUCCAGUGGCAAAACCGCUACCCCUUGAUUGGAUCAUUGCGCUAUUCCAUCAAAGUGAUGAACAUGGCCAGAGUAAUUGUCAGAACUGGAGGGGAGAAGAAUACUGUCAUUGUUAUUUCUCUGGGCCAGCAUUUCAGAAUCUUUCCCAUUGAUGUUUUUAUCCUAAGCCUCAGUGUCUACAAAGCUGUUCAACAUCUUCUUCUGAGAAGCCCAGACACUAUGGUUAUCAUCAAGACAGAAAAUAUCAGGGAGAUGUUAAUUGAUGCAGAAAGAUUCAGUGACUUUCAUGGUUACAUUCAAUAUCUCAUCAUUAAGGACAUUUUCCAGGAUCUCCAAGUGGGCAUCAUUGAUGCCUGGGAUAUAACAAUUGCAUAUGGCACAAAUGAUGUCCACCCACCUCAACAUGUAGUUGGAAAUCAAAUUAAUGUAUUCUUAAACUAUAUUUGCUAG